UGAUAAAAGAUGAUGCAUGGUUAAUCUAAAUCAAGGACUGAAACAUUGUCUGAAGAAGAGAUAAAGCAAAGAGCAGAAAAAGGACAAUAGAUAUUAGAUUCUUUAGACUAUUUUUUUAAAGUGAGGAAAAAUUAAGUGAAUUAACCUGAAGAUCAAUUAGCUUUUUCAGAACUCAUGGCUAAGUUAUGUCCUGAAAUUGCUACUAUUUAUAAUUACAGAAGAGAAGUGCUUUAAACAAAGUUUGAUCAUUUAGGAGGAUUACUUACGGAAUCAAAAAGCAUAGAUGCAUAUAAAUAAUUAGUCAAAUUGAUUCAAUCUGAGUUCAUGCUCAUAGCAAUAUUACUAAAAUAGCAUCCAAAAUCAUACACUCUUUGGACUCAUCGAUAAUGGAUGGUUUUAAGAAGCUAAGAAAUAGAUUAGCUCAUUAGUUCAAUGUAUUUAAUUAAUCCUAUUAUAAAGUAAUUAAGACAACUAACUUAAAUUAAUAGAAGCCAUCAAACAAGAAUAUGAAUUAUGCAGCAAAAUGUUGGAUAGAGAUGAACGUAAUUUUCAUGUUUGGAAUUAUAGAAAUUGGCUAUCAUCAAUUUGUGCUUUUGGAAGAGAAGAUGAAUUUACCAAGAAAAAGGUAUGUAUAAAUUAAUAAUACUAUUUAGAUUGAAUAAAACUUUAGUAAUUUUUCAGCCUAUCACUUCAGAAGUAAAUUUUUUAUGAAAAAUUACAAUUAACCUGAAAAUAUCAUUGAGAGAAUUAAAACUGAUAAAAUUUUAGGUUUACUACCAUUGCCUUUUGAUAGAUUGAAAGAAGAAACAGAACUAAUUUAAUAAGCAAUUUAUAUACAACCAAAAGAACACGGUGUUUAUUUAUAUCAUAGAUGGCUAAUUGGUGUUGUUUAACCCUUUGGCGUAACAAAAGUCGAAAAGAUUUCAAAUGAUUCAGUCACAUUAUAAUUUAACAGGGCAGUUACUAACGUGGAAAACUCCUUUGAGUUGUUUAAUAAUGAAAAUGCACUCAAAAUUAUCAAUGUAAGAGUGGAAGGCAAUAAUGUUAUUAUUACUUUUGAAGAACAAUAACUAAAUAACUUAAAAGUAAGGAUUCUUAAUCAAAUUUAUAAAAAUGGAGCUUUAGAUACAAUGAUUAGUGAAGAUGAGUUCUCCAAAUUUCUAAUUCCAAGCGAAAUCGAUGUAACAUUCGAAAAUGAAGGAUUUAAAUAUACUAAUACAAUCCAAUAAGAGUUUUUAGGGGCAAUACAUGAUAUUAAUAAAUAUCUUGAUGAAAAUAUAGAAUUUAUCAAAUAGGUUAUUGAAGAAGAGAAAGAGAAUAGGUAAUAUAAAAAAUUAUAUGAUAGAUUCCCAUAUAUUCAAAUAUUAUAUUUAUUUUAAUUCAAACUUCGAACUUAAAAGUUGAUCGAUGCUAGCAAAUCCAGUGAGAUCGUUAAGGAAGCCUUAGAACAUUGUGAUAAGUUGAAAAAGAUUUAAAAUGAUCACCAAGCAUAAUUUCUAUUUGAGUUUUGGAGUUAAUUUUGA